GCGAAUCCCAUCGUCUGGCUAACACUGCAGUAUGGCAUCGAAGUACAACUAUACCGCCUAUACGUGCGAUAAAUUGACAAGCUAUCUCGUAACUCAUGCGGGCUGCAAGCACUCUGCGGCUGGCGGACUCAAGGAGCGCGGGCGGGUAGUCCGCGGCGGAUACGACAGCCGCGAAAGCAAGCCCCUCCCUGGCGGGGACCGCCUGCGGACUGUGCUGACCAGCAUCUACUCUUUCCCCUUCUCCCCUACCUGAGCGACGUGCCACAGACCAUGGCCGCGAUUCUCUUGGAUGAACAACCGCAGGACUUCAGCUCCAACGCCCACACACCGCAGGUCGACACACACGGACGCUUUGAAGCAUGCUACGAGGUCCCCAACAAACAUCCGGAACUUUCGUUUGAAGACGGCAAUCUUGCUUUGCUGUGCGGACAUCGAUACUUCCUGGUACACCGAGGCGUCCUUGUCCGCCACUCAAGUGUCCUGGCUGCGAUGGCAGAGUGUCCCACCAAAGAAGACCUCUCGCAAUCGCUAGAAGGGCGCCCCAUCCUGAGGCUGCCACAUACUCCUGAUGAAAUAUACAUUCUGUUGAAGUAUCUCUACGGACUCUCUGAGCAGUCUGAGGCGAGCGCUUUCCGCGAGCUUUCGGUGUCGCUCAGGCUCGCCACUACGUACAACAUCCCGGCAUUGCGUGCUAAGGCUCUGCGACAUCUUCUCCUUUCGUGGCCCAUUCUCCUCACACAAUGGGAGAUCCGGGAGAAGCACGCGACCAAUGCGGAUGGUGUUUAUGUCUCACGCCCGGGACUUCCGCAUCCAUCGGUAAUCAUCGCACUCGCGCGUGAGGUUGACGCCCCGGAAUUGCUGCCCUCUGCAUUCUACGACCUUUCGCGCUACCUUCCUAGCCAGCUAGCAGCAGAUUACACCGAUCUCGACACUGGACGGAUCUACAGCCUCUCGAAUAACGAUCUUUUUCGCGUCUUCCGGGGAAAGGAGCAGGCCGCGCGCUACUUCUCCACUUUCAUUGUCAAGGAGCUUGAGGGGCGCGUGCCCGCCGAAUUCUGUCACAACCGAAACGAGCUCCAGCCAUCGCGCAAACGGCGUUGUCAGAUGGCGUUCGAGGCCGUUACGUAUUCACUCAUCCGCGACGUCAACGGUCUCGUUCUCAACCGCAACUCGGACCCGCUCUUCGCAAUUCAUGAUAGCUUGCUCAUGCAGACGCGCGAGGACGUGCCGGGUACGGAGAAUAAGGCUGCGAUACGUGCAUGUGAGGCGUGUAGAAUGGACUUCGGUGCGAUUGUCGAGGCGGUGCGCGAGGAGUUCUGGCACAAGCUUCCGGAGUGGUUCGACCUGGAAGUGCCCAACUGGGUCUAGAGAGUGUCCCUGAAAUUCACAUCGUCGUGUAUCUGGCAUAUGUUCUUGGAUUGAUGCUUGUAUGUUGCAGAGUUCUGAAUACCUAUCUCGCUCGGAGCCUACGGCGAACUCCGUCACGGUGUGACAUGCACGCUAUUGCGACGCGGUCUUCAAUCGCGCGCCUCCCCCGGCCGAAUUUAUCUGUCAUCCCGCCAUGGACUCUUGUGGAGAUGUGCUCACGGUGGACGACGGAGACUUCACAAUCACAUUUGAUGCCGACUCUACGGACAGCGGUCAGGUUACUCCAGGCUAUAGUCAUGAGGAAGAAGCGAAAGCCAACGAAAGUGGCGAAGCUCUUCUUGAGAAUAUGGACGAAGACAACGAAGACGACUCUCGGUAAGCAUAUU